GAUUCUCCCGGUCUCCAUUCAAACCCUAGACUACGCCUCAGCCUCCGGUUCUGCACUUCUCGGCUGAGAUCUUCUGUCCGCGAGCCCGCACUGCGUCAGUAUCUCGCUCUCAUCUGUAGCCAGCAGAGGAGCAACAUGAAGCAAAAGAUGGUGAUCAGGGUGCACAUGACGUGCGACAAAUGCCGGUCCAAGGCAAUGGGCUUGGUUGCCUCGGUACACGGAGUGGAGCGUGUGGAGAUACAAGGCGACGACAGGGACCGGCUCGCCGUGGUCGGCGAUGGGGUGGACGCCGCCAACCUAACGGCCUGCCUGCGGAAGAAGGUCGGGAGCGCGGACCUCCUCACGGUGGAGGCGGUCGUUCCCGAGAAGAAGCCGGCAGCGGCAUCGCAGACCACCGAGGCUCCGUGCCCGCAGCAGUGGUAUCCCGGCUAUUACUCCUGGCCCGCGGGGGCAUACUCCCACUGCUACCCGUACGCCUUGUAAUCUCUUGUAUGUCUGCGGAAUUAUCGAAUCGAUCCAUAAAAAAAAAAGGUUAAGACCCCUGGCCUCUACAUCAAUCUAUGGAUACGAUCAUUCUAUUAAUUAUUCA